AUGACUACACGAGUGCGAGAUAAUCGAGUCGCGGCGUGUGCGCAUCAAUGAAAACGACCUGCUGCAAGUUAAUUGCAACAAAUAAGUGGAAUUUUGAUUCAAUUUGAAUGAUUUAGAAGUUAAACUAUGUUUUUUGUUAAGUGAACAAAUCGGUUGGGUUGAAUAAAAAACCAAGAUAUCUUUGCAAAGUGCUAGGUAAUUAUUUUCCAGACUCUUUUUUUUAGUUCGUGGCGUGGGUUUUUGUGUGUUGGCUCAGCAUUUUCAGCAGAAACCGGUUCUGCGCUCUUUGGCCACGCUCCCAAAACGAAACGAUUCGAUCUGAGCGGAACGUGGAAGUGAAAACAUAAACAAAACAGAGAAAAAUAUUUGCACACAUUCACUUGAAACAAAAUAAACAAAACCAAACGAAGCUGCAAAAGAUACAACAACAAUGAGUACACGUGCACCACACAGUGAUCCAGCUUUGGCUGGACUUCCACAACUAAUUGAGGACCUGCAACGAUUGUGCGAAGAUCAGGACAGUGCCGAUGUCGUUUUUAUAUGUGGCCGUGAUGAUGAGAAAAUCUACGCACACCGAAGCAUCCUGAUGGCACGUUGCAAGAGCUUUAAGACUGCUAAACGUGGUGAAGUCUGUCGGAUACCCAUUCCCGGCUGCACAGUUUCACCUGCAGCACCUGGAACUGGGACACCUACUGCGAUUCGCUUGCCACAUGUUAAUGCUGAACUAUUUCGCCAAUUCAUACUAUAUGUCUACACCGCAAAACUGAUGUUGCAAGAUUUUCGAGUUUUCGAGAUGUUAACACUAGCUCAAGAUAUGGGUGUUUUUGAAUUGCGCGCCGCUUGUGAAGAUCAUGUUAUUUCCACGUUAUCUGUGGAUAAUGCUUGCACAUUUUUGACUGCUGUUAUGGAUAUUCAUGAGAAAGCUGGUGCCAAGUGCGCGGCUUCGUUUAUGGAACGCUGCAUCAUCUAUAUUGGCGAGAAUGCUGGGGAAUGUGUUAAAACCAACUCGUUUCUUACGCUCACCAAGGAUGCAUUGAUUAAGAUCAUAUCAUCGGAUUAUUUCUGCUUGGAGGAGGAAGAAGUCUGGCGUUGUGUUUUAGCCUGGGCCAAGUACCAGGCGGGAGUCACCCAGCCAACCGCUCACUGGACGGAGGAGGAGCGUGCAAGGGUCUGUCAGCACUUAAGUGGAGUCAUGGGUCAUGUGCGCUUGCUGCUUAUCGAUAGCCAAGUGUUUGCCGAGGAGGUAGAGCCAACUGGGGCUGUGCCCAUGGAGCUAUCCUUGGAGCGCUAUCGCUAUGCUGCUCUGCAUCCCAAUAAGCUGGUGGACAAUGACAAGCGACUGCAACCAAGACUCACCGUCAAUAUGUUUCCGGGCUCACAAAUCCUGCGCAACGAUAAACUCGCUUUGCAAAGCGUGCUCAAUGGCUGGUUUGGUGUGCCCAAGCAGAGCUGGCGUCUCGUCUACCGAGCCUCAACACAUGGCCAUGGAUCGAGUUCAUUUCAUCGCUAUUGCGAUGGUGUGGCACCCUGCAUGGUAAUCGGUGUGGGAGCACAUGGCGAGAUCAGCGGCGGCUACACAGAUGUGGCCUGGGCAAAGACCAGUCGCAAGGGUGGCUAUUUGCACUCGGAACGUGCGUUUCUCUUCAUGCUGAAUCCCCCAAAUGGCGAGCAACCGGUCAAAUUUGAUAUUGUUAAGAAACCUUAUGCGAUUUGUUAUCAUCCAGAUUGCGGUCCCAUAUUUGGUGCUGGCGCCGAUCUGCUGAUAUCGAGCAACUGUAACGUGAACACGGACUCGUACUCGAACUUGCCGCACUCCUACGAUGGCCCCAGUGCCGCACAUAUGACGCUCUUUGGCGAUUACAACUUUACGAUCAGUGAUUACGAGGUGUACACUCUGGCAGCCACCCACAGUCACAAUCAAAGCCAAAGCCUGGCCGGAAAUGGAAAUGGACAACCGCCGGGUGUGCCCAGCAAGACAAAGUAUGAUAGAUACUAAGAUACCCGUUAAACUUCUAAGAUAGCAUUUAGAGAUACUCACACUCGUAUUCCAAUUAAAAUCACUUCCUUAAACACAACGCA